CAGGGACUCUACAGACAUGUUGGCUAUAAGCUGAAGCAAACCUGGUAUUUGGCUCAACUUUUGAGCCAAAAACAAUUCAAGAUCCGUGGGGUUUAGUUGCAGAAGUAGUCCUCUGAUAUUUCUCCCGGAGACCGGUCACUUAAAAGGAAUCCUGGAUGAGAUUUUCGAAUCUUUUUCUGACCGAUGAACUGGGCUAGUUAUGCGGGAGGCAGCGACACUCUCCGUGGCUCAAGAUGGCAGAUUUUUACCUUGUUUUGAGCUGAAAUCUCGCUGCCCUUUUUGCCAUGACUAACACAAGCCCUUGCACCGAUGGCCCCCGUAUACGAAGGUAUGGCCUCGCAAGUGCAAGUCUUUUCCUCCCACACUCUGCAGUCAAGUGCCUUCUUUAGUGUGAAGAAGCUGAAGGUGGAGCGGAGUUCGAACUGGGAUAUGACAGGGUACGGCACACACAGCAAGGUCUACAGCCAGAGCAGCAAGAACGUGCCGGCCGCCCAGGUGGGCGUCAACGCCUCCCUGCAGGUCUCCAACUCCGCCCUCCCCUACGAGCAGGCGCUCCUCUUCCCGGCGGGGGCGGGGCACAUCGUGGUCGCCUCGGCAGGCGGGGCCUCGGCGGGAGGCGGAGCCUCGGCCGGCGGCGGGGCCGCAGGGCAGCUGCUGGGCGGGGCCGGUGGCGGGGCCAGCGGCGCCGUGCACAACCUGACCCGCCGCAGCACGGUCAGCCUGCUGGACACGUACCAGCGAUGCGGGCUUAAGCGCAAGAGCGAGGAGCUGGAGAACAACAGCAGCGUGCAGAUCAUCGAAGAGCAGCCAGCCAUGAUCCAGAACGCCGCCAGCGGGGCCACGGCCGCCACCGCCGCCACCUCUACCGCCACCUCCAAGAACAGCGGCUCCAACAGCGAGGGCGACUACCAGCUGGUGCAGCACGAGGUGCUCUGCUCCAUGACCAACACCUACGAGGUGCUGGAGUUCCUGGGCCGCGGCACCUUCGGCCAGGUGGUGAAGUGCUGGAAGCGCGGCACCAACGAGAUCGUGGCCAUCAAGAUCCUGAAGAACCACCCGUCGUACGCCCGGCAGGGCCAGAUCGAGGUCAGCAUCCUGGCGCGCCUGAGCUCGGAGAGCGCCGACGACUACAACUUCGUGCGCGCCUACGAGUGCUUCCAGCACAAGAGCCACACCUGCCUGGUGUUCGAGAUGCUGGAGCAGAACCUCUACGACUUCCUCAAGCAGAACAAGUUCAGCCCGCUGCCGCUGCGCUACAUCCGGCCCGUCCUGCAGCAGGUGGCCACUGCCCUCAUGAAGCUCAAGAGCCUGGGCCUCAUCCACGCCGACCUCAAGCCCGAGAACAUCAUGCUGGUGGACCCCUCCCGCCAGCCAUACCGCGUCAAGGUCAUCGACUUCGGCUCCGCCAGCCACGUCUCCAAGGCCGUCUGCUCCACCUACCUGCAAUCCCGCUACUACAGAGCCCCGGAGAUCAUCCUGGGCCUGCCCUUCUGCGAAGCCAUCGACAUGUGGUCGCUGGGGUGCGUCAUAGCCGAGCUCUUCCUGGGCUGGCCCCUCUACCCGGGGGCGUCCGAGUACGACCAGAUUCGCUACAUCUCACAGACGCAGGGGUUGCCGGCGGAGUAUUUGUUGAGUGCAGGAACGAAGACCACCAGGUUCUUCAACAGAGAACAGGACUCGACUUACCCUUUAUGGAGACUGAAGACGCCAGAGGACCAUGAGGGAGAGACGGGGAUCAAGUCGAAGGAAGCUCGGAAGUACAUCUUUAACUGCUUGGAUGACAUGGCACAGGUGAACAUGACCGCUGAUCUGGAGGGCAGCGACAUGCUGGCGGAGAAGGCGGACAGGCGCGAGUUCAUAGACCUGCUGACCAAGAUGCUGACCAUCGACGCCGACAAGAGGAUCACGCCCAUCGAAACGCUCAACCACCCCUUCGUCACCAUGACCCACCUGCUCGACUUCCCGCACAGCACACACGUCAAGUCCUGUUUCCAGAACAUGGAGAUCUGCAAGCGUCGUGUUAACAUGUACGACACGGUCAAUCAGAGCAAGACCCCCUUCAUCACCCAUGUGGCCCCCAGCACCUCCACCAACCUCACCAUGAGCUUCAACAACCAGCUCAACACCGUGCACAGCCAGGCCACCCACCUGGCUCCUUCCUCCUCCAGUGCCACCCUUUCGCUUGCCACCCCCGAUGUCUCCGUACUAAACUACCAAUCUGCACUCUACCAGCCCGCCGCCGUGGCCCCCCGGAGCCUGCCCCUUCAGCCCGGGGCCCCCCAACUGUGCGCUGCCCGGCCUGACCCCUUCCAGCAGGCCCUGAUCGUCUGCCCGCCCGGCUUCCAAGGGCUGCAGGCCUCCCCCUCCAAACACACUGGCUACUCGGUCCGCAUGGAGAACGCCGUUCCCAUAGUGACCCAGGCCCCCGGCGCCCAGCCCCUGCAGAUCCAGCCCGGCCUGCUGACACAGCAGGCCUGGCCCAGCGGCACCCAGCAGAUCCUGCUCCCCCCGGCCUGGCAGCAGCUGACCCACACCUCCGUGCAGCACGCCGCGGUCAUCCCCGACGCCAUGCCCAGCACCCAGCCGCUGGCCAACUGGAGGAAUUCUCAUCCCCACGGCAACCAUUAUAACCCCAUCAUGCAGCAGCCGGCCCUGCUGGCCGGUCACGUGACCCUCCCCACCUCCCAGCCUCUGAACGUGGGCGUGGCCCACGUAAUGAGGCAGCAGCCAACCAGCAGCUCCUCUUCCAAAAAGAACAAGCAACACCAGCUGUCUGCCAGGAAUGGGUCGGCGUACGAGGUGUCAUCCUCGCAGGUGCUGACCUCGCCGCAGCGCUCCAAGCGGGUGAAGGAGAACACCCCGCCGCGGUGCGCGGUGGUACAGAGCAGCACCUCAUCGGCCUGCGGCCCACCCCUGUCCUGUGGCGGUUGGGCCGAACCGGCCCCCGGCGCCCCCCGGGACCCCCACGCCACCCACCACCCCCACCACCACCACCACCACCACCACCACCCGCGCCAGACCAUCGUCAUCCCCGACACGCCCAGCCCUGCCGUCAGCAUCAUCACCAUCAGCAGCGACACGGACGAUGAGGACGACCACAAGCAGGCCAACACCAGCACAAUGUCCAAGCAGAGGAAGGACGUCAUCAGCUGCGUGACGGUGCACGACUCCCCCGCCUCGGACUCCUCCGCCCAAAGCAGCCCCUACGCGCUGGAGCAGCGGCCGCCCAACGCCAACGGCUUCCAGGCCAAGGGCGCGCUGCUGGAGAACUACUGCAACAGCAACCCCCGCACCAUCAUCAUCCCUCCCCUCAAGACCCAGUCCGGAGAGGAGCCGGCCGAGUGCGAGCGCCUGCUGCCAGGUACGGCACGCACAGACGCGGUGAACCACCAGAACUCGGCCUACAAGUUUAAGACUUCCAACGGGGCGCUGUCGGGCGGCGGUUACCCCUCGGGCGGGGGUACGGGGGCCGGGUCGUACAGACAGCAGCGUUCUGGGGCUCACCCUUUCCAGCAGCAGCCUCUCAACCUCAGCCAGGCUCAGCAGCACAUGGCGGCGGAGCGGAACGGCGGGCACCGGCGGCAGCAGGCGUACAUCACGCCCACCAUCGCGGCCCAGGCGCCGUACUCCUUCCACCCUGGCGGCUCCUCCCACGCGGCGGCCGUGCACCCCCACCUGACCGCCGCUCACCUGCCCCCUGGCCAGCCCCACCUGUACACCUACACCGCGCCCGCCGCUCACCUGGUCGCUCCGCAGGGCUCGGCCCGCCACGCGGUCCCGCACGCCGCCUACCCGCCGGGCAUCGUCCACCAGGUGCCCGUCAGCGUCGGGCACCGCGUCCUCCCCUCCCCCACCCUGCACCACGGCCAGUACCAGGCCCAGUUCACCCACCAGACCUACAUUAGCGCCUCGCCCGCCUCCACCGUCUACACUGGAUACCCGCUGAGCCCCACCAAGGUGAACCAGUACCCUUACCUCUAGAGCAACAGACACUGGAGCACUGCCGCUGCAGCCCCGCCCCCACCCCGCCCCCGCCCGACACAGGGGCCGGCAGUGACGCUGAAACCCGCACGGGGGGAAACUUGAAGACAACGGCAGAGAAGAAGAAGAAUAAAACUUACACAA